UUUGCCAGGUACAAAGGGUUUAAAAAAUCAGGGAAAAUACCAGCUAAAUCCAAUGAAAACAACAUAUUAGUUGUUAAGAUUACAAGCUGAAAUGUAUUCAUGAUGAGAGCAGAAAUUUACAGAAUUGGGAUCAAGGCGAAAAGGGAUAGUCCCACUUCCUUUUUGGGUGGUAUAAAACAACAGCCACGUUCAGACCCAAAAACAGACUUUUAAGAGCACCGCUUUAGGACGUUUGGUGCCAAAAUACAGGUUUUAAGCUUUUCUGUGACUCAGAUCUGAGCCAUGCUUUGUGAAGGCAGAUUGUUGAUCAUGACCUACUGUGAAUUCGAAGAUCUGGAUUCCCUUCCUUCUAAGCCAGCUUUCCAGAAUGCUUAUGGGUCACAGAAAACAGCUGCUGCCCUCAUACCAGGUUCCACCAGACAUGCUCCCCUUGUUCACCACAAUUCCCCGGAGCAGAUGGCUACAGACAACCGAAGGGCUUCAGCUGAGUUGUACAUUUCUCCUUUGCAGUCCUUAGAUCUCCAGAGAGCUCAUCUAGGCAGGCAGAUCUCUCGAGAGAUAGAGAUCCCAGCCCAAGCUCACUCAGGUGGCGAUACCCCUUUCUUGGUUCCCUCCUUCUGUCAGAGCAUUUGCAAAAACUACAGUGACCUUCAUAUUGCAGGUGACCAGGUGCUACCUCUCUCAGCUAAUAACUGCGAGCUGAGGGUUUGUGCCGAUGUCCCGGAUGUCGGUCCCUUUAUCCAGUCUUGUGAUGUGCCCCCAGCUGUGGAAGAUUCCCUCCAAGGACACGAAGCUCGGGAUGGGAGGCUGUUUCCACUGAGGGGAGGUUCGAAUCGGUGGAGACUGGGGAGCGGCCGUGAUCGGAGCUUUUUCCUCCAGGGGCAUGAAGGUCCGUUUUCCAACUCCCUUCUGAAUCACUACUUGGAGCAAAAGCUCCUGGAUCUGUAUCAGCAAUACAUGAUGGAGAAUAUGGCAAGAGAAGGAGCCCCUGGUUCAGACUCUGACACAAGUGCCAUUUGCCCUUUGCUGGGCUCAGAGCUGGUCCUCACCAGCCUGGACCAAAUCACUUUGCAGCUCAGCCGGGAGGGCAACAUGGAGGCCGGCUUGGCCAAGGACAUGGUCCUGAGCUGCUUCCUGCGAGUCGCUGGUGAUAUGCAGUCAAGUGAGAUCAGCACUCCCUUUCUGCAGAUUUCUAAUGAGGCGUCCAGGGAGCAACUCACAGAGAGUAAUGAGUGACCCCACUGUCAAGGAACUCCUUCAUUCAAUACUGCCUUUCAUUUCAGUGCAACACUGAAAAAAAACCCCAGGACUGGACUGAUAACCACAUUUUUAUUUUAUUAGCUCUUGAGAAGAUUUUAAAUGAGAGUUCUACGUGGGAUUAUACAGUAAUUACCUGGAAAAUGUGCCAUAUUUAUGCAUCCUAAAUUGAAUUUGCAGUGAUGACAUGGGGAUCUGUGUUUACCUGUCUUUAGUGCAGCUUUAACUUUCUAAAGAAAAUAAAAACAGGAACUGAAAACUGAAA